AGCGUCGGCCCACCGCGUCUCUCAACUUAUCCAAAACCAGAAGAACCUAAAAUUCCUUUAAAACCGUCCAGAUCCAUUUCCUCCCCCAAUCAGUCACACUUCCAAGUUCCAAUGGCUUCUUCUUCUUAUCUGAAUCUCUUCGUCUUCUCCUUCCUCUCCGUUCUAUUCAUUUCCGAAUCUCAGAUCUCUCAUUCGCUUAACGGAGUCGUUUUCCCCGUCAUUCGAGACAUACCAACCGGUCAAUACGUCGCACAAAUUCGUCUCGGAGACUCGUCGGAGCCCGUCAAGCUCGUAUUGGAUCUCUCCGGUCCCCUUCUAUGGUUCGAUUGUUCAUCUGGACAUAUUUCCUCGUCUCGGAGUCUGAUCUCCGGGAGCUCUAGCGGCUGCUUCAAGGCCAAGGUUGGCAAUGACCGAGUAUCAUCGCGUGGAGACCAUCCCGCCGAUUGCGAUUUGCUUGUGAAAAACGACGUCGUCGAGAUUGCGGCAAGGGGAGAGCUCGCCAGAGACGUCGUGUCAUUUGGAUCUGUUUCUUCUCCGGGAACCGUUGAUCUGCUGUUCGCUUGUGCUCCUCCGUGGCUGUUACGUGGGCUCGCUAGUGGGGCUCAAGGAGUAAUGGGCCUUGGAAGGGCCCAGAUCUCUCUCCCCUCACAACUCGCCGCGGAAACCAAGGAACGGCGUCGUUUAACGAUUCACCUGUCGCCGUCGGACGGCGUCGUGUCAACGAGAUCGGUGGAGGAGGUUUUCGGUUCGAGCGUGUCUAAAUCGCUGAUCUACACGCCUGUGUUAACCGGCUCGAGUGGCAAUUACGUUAUUAACGUGAGAUCAAUCAGAGUCAACGGGAAAAAGCUCUCCGUGGACGGUGGUCCGUUAGCGGCGGUACUAAGCACGGUGGUCCUUUACACGAUGCUUGAGAGCUCGAUCUACGCGGUGUUCGCGGAAGCUUUCACCAAAGCCGCCACUAACGCUACACUGGUGGCUCCCGUAGCACCGUUCGGGCUCUGUUUCACGAGUGAAGUAGAUUUCCCGGCGGUGGAUCUAACGUUGCAGAGCGAGAUGGUGAGGUGGAGGAUUCAGGGGAGGAAUUUAAUGGUGGAUGUUGGUAGUGGCGUCCGAUGCUUGGGAAUUGUAGACGGCGGUCCAAAUCGGGUCAGCCCGAUUACAAUGGGUGGGCUACAAUUAGAAGGUUUUGUAUUGGAUUUCGAUUUGGGUAAUUCCAUGAUGGGGUUUGGGCAGAGAACACCCUCUGUCUUAGUUUCAUUGCAACCAGAAGCUUUAUAGUAAACUAUCAUAUGUAAUUAACUCGUAGAUAUUCUCAAUUUUGCUCUCUUUGUCUGUAUGAAUCAUGUACUAAUGACAUCAAUGGAUACUUUAUAUAAGCAACUAA